AUGUGUGAUCAGACCUUUCAGGUUAAUGUAUUUGGCUCAUGUGACAAAUGUUUCAAACAAAGAGCCCUGAGGCCAGUGUUCAAGAAAUCUCAGCAACUCAACUACUGUUCUGUAUGUGCAGAAAUAAUGGCAACCGACGGGCUGCACGAGAACGAGACUCUGGCGUCGCUGAAGAGCGAGGCCGAGUGCCUCAAGGGCAAACUGGAGGAGGAGCGGGCCAAGCUGCACGACGUGGAGCUGCACCAGGUGGCAGAGCGGGUGGAGGCCCUGGGGCAGUUUGUCAUGAAGACCAGAAGGACCCUCAAAGGCCAUGGAAACAAAGUCCUGUGCAUGGACUGGUGCAAAGAUAAGAGGAGGAUGGUGAGCUCAUCCCAGGAUGGGAAGGUGAUCGUGUGGGAUUCCUUCACUACUAACAAGGAACACGCGGUCACCAUGCCCUGCACGUGGGUGAUGGCCUGCGCCUACGCCCCCUCGGGAUGCGCCAUUGCUUGUGGUGGUUUGGAUAAUAAGUGUUCCGUAUAUCCACUGACUUUUGACAAAAAUGAAAACAUGGCUGCCAAAAAGAAGUCUGUUGCUAUGCAUACCAACUACCUGUCGGCCUGCAGCUUCACCAACUCUGACAUGCAGAUCCUGACGGCGAGCGGUGAUGGGACAUGUGCCUUGUGGGACGUGGAGAGUGGACAGCUGCUGCAGAGCUUCCAUGGGCACGGGGCUGACGUCCUCUGCUUGGACCUGGCCCCGUCAGAAACUGGAAACACCUUCGUGUCUGGGGGAUGUGACAAGAAAGCCAUGGUGUGGGACAUGCGCUCUGGCCAGUGUGUGCAGGCCUUUGAAACCCACGAAUCAGACAUCAACAGUGUCCGAUACUACCCAAGUGGAGAUGCCUUUGCUUCAGGGUCAGAUGACGCUACGUGUCGCCUCUACGACCUCCGGGCAGACAGAGAGGUCGCCAUCUAUUCCAAAGAGAGUAUCAUCUUUGGAGCAUCCAGUGUGGACUUCUCCCUCAGUGGUCGCCUGCUGUUUGCUGGUUACAACGACUAUACUAUCAACGUGUGGGAUGUUCUCAAGGGGUCCCGAGUCUCCAUCCUGUUUGGACAUGAAAACCGAGUCAGUACUCUGCGAGUAUCCCCUGAUGGGACUGCUUUCUGCUCAGGAUCCUGGGAUCAUACCCUAAGAGUCUGGGCUUAAUCGUCUUCUCACAAUGCACGCUUAGGUAGCUGAGGGUAGCAUUUGAAAUCUUCACAUGUAAAUAGAUAUUACUUCUAGACGAUCUGAGGGCUUGUAGCAUCUUAGCCGGAGAGAGCAACUCCACAGCUGAGAGCUCGCCAAGUGUCCCUGCGUGCAUGCAGAUAUUACCAUUAAAACUACCACCCCUAAAAAAGCCACUAGUGUGAGUCUUUAGCCCACCUUAAGAACACUUUCAAAUAUAGUGUUUUUCAUUUUGGACAUUUUUAAAAAGUUAUCCCUUUUUAAGGUUAUUCUAAAUUAUACGAGUCUCAACUCAUUCUAUUACCAAUAUAAUUCAGCCUUUAAUAUAUUCCAUAUUGUUUCCUUGCAUCAAAUUUAUUUGCAGAAUAUGUUUAAAAUCUUCUCAUUUCUCUCAAUGUUCUGUGACUUUUGGAACCUUCCUCUUGAAGUGCUGGUUUUCAUGAACUGUAUGAGGAAGACUGUGUUAACUGGUUUAUGACAAGAAAAUUCCUAUUCCAAAUCUAAUUAGACAGAAUCACUUUUUUAAAAAGUGUUUUUAUUGUAAAAGUAUCUUUUUCAGUCUUGCUUCCUAUUGUCUUUUUUCAGAUAAAACAUUUUCAGCUGUGUGAACUGAUUAUGAACAAAGCAGAGAUAUAUGUAAAGGGAUCUUUGAAUUAUGUGAUGAUGUGGUUUGUCACUGUAUCACUUGGACCGGGCAUUGUCUUUCACUUAAGGGAGAAGCUGAGUGCUUUUGGUGAUACAAAGGCUUCUCAGAGCAACUAAAACCUUUCAGCAUGAGCACAAAAGAGUCAAGUUAUUUAAAAAUAUAUUAGUAGUAUUAGUGGAAACAGGUUAAGGUGGACCUUGACCAUAUAAACUAUACUUAUAUUUAUUGCAUUGCAAGUAUAAUUAAAUAUACAGGUUAAUUGAUAGGUCUUGAAUGAUAAUUUCUUUGUUCCUCUUAUACUGAGAGAAAAAAAUAACAUUAAAAACUCUUGUCUUUAUUUGAAAUUCAGCAAUUCCUUCUGGAAAAUACCAAGUGCUUUUGUUACAAGAUCCUUUAACUUUUUUUUUUUUUUUUUCAGUCUAGAGGCUUAUUAUUUGUUAUAGAAAACUCUUCUUUCAUAAAGAUGGCAUGCAUUACUUAGGGAAACUUACGGAAAUAAAAGGUCACCUCAGAUACCAAAAAUCAUUCCUGGGUGAGGCCUGCCCUGUGGGUAGCCUAGGGUCUCACCAGCCAGGUCCUUGCCACACCCGAGGGCUGUGUGUCCUCUGAGUCUCCUGGAUGAUUUGGUCUCCCUCUGGCCCAGCUCCAGCUCAGCCCUUCCCCUAGCCAUAAUUCUGGCUUUGUAGGCACAACCCAGCCCCUGCUCCUCCAAGAGGCCUUCUAGAGCCGGAGCCGGACACGGCCACAGGACAGGCCCAGGCCCGGUGCUCCCCUAAAGGGGUGCCAGGCCCCCCCUCAGAAUUGCUUGGUCAGGAUCACAAAGGGCCAGUUGGUCAAAAGUCUGCCAGGUCAGCUUUUCAAUCAACUCUUUUUAAAUAAACAUAAUGGUUAUAAUCAAUCAUUUUCCCGGCAAACAUUAACUGAAGGUUUUACUACACAUCAGGACCUGCGAUAGAGAGAGAAAGGUAAAUGGUUCCUGCUUGUCCCCAAAGAGCCUGGAGUGGAGGGAAGGAGCAUGGUCCCGAGGGACCAUUGUGCAGCCACCCCGUGGAUUUCAGUCUGGGCAGGACACAGAGAAAUGGGCUCAGUGUCUACCCAGAUCCUGCCAGCUGAAGGGGGCAGGCCCUAGAGGGCAUCCCAUGGAAUUCCCAGGCUUUGAUUCCAGAACCUUCCAGCAUUUGUCCUGGUCCAGCAGGCCUCAUAAGCUGUGAGGACCCCUUCCCUCUUUCCUACAGACCUUUUUCUCUGCACUCUGACCUGGGCUUUCUGGCUCCCAGAAGUGAAGGAGACAUGGCAAAGGAGACUUUAAGGGACACAAACUUAAGGCUAUGUUUGGAGAGGAGGAGAGUAUCUUCAUAUAUGUGCAAAGUAGCUGUAACUUUCCAGUCAAAAAGGCAAAUUUAAGGGCAUAGUGAAAGUGUUCCCUAGAACCUAUUGGCCAGUAAGCCACCUCCCCUACAAAUAUUGAAUCUCACAAUGGAUGUUGUUUAGUAUUUACUGAUGAAAUGCUUGGAAUAUACUACACCAUGAUUUGGAACGUACUACACCAUGUGGAGAUUCCUAAGGAUAAACUCCA